GUGGAAUAGGAGGGUCGGAGCGGUGCGGUGUUCAGCGGAAGAGGAGGCGGUGAGUCAGUGGUACAGCAAUCAGAGGCAGGGCGGUGCAGGGGAGAAAACGCAGCCUUGGAGCGCGUCGCGCAUACGGAAAGGGGGCUACUGACUAAAAGCCGGAGAGGAACGAGGGGGCUGGCUCGGCUAACCGGUGGGGAGAUGCGCGCUGAUCUCCAUCUUCACACCCGUCUUGUCAGACUUUUGAUCCAACUGGCGCAAAUGGGCAACGAGAGGCUCUAUCCACCUGCAGGUUUGGCAUAAAGCCUCCCGACGCGUAAACAAGUAUUAAAAAGAAACGAAGACGCGGAUAUUUUGAGACUUCAUCUAAAUCCUGCUCAAAUAAACGCACUCUAACUUUGGCAGCCUUUUAACUUCUCUUAAGAAGUGGACGGAAAAUUUGAAUUUGCUCGACUAAAAAAAGCAAAAACUGACCUUCUCCUCUUUGGAUCAUUUAUAUGUUUUUUCAUUUAUCUCCAGAGCAAUUUGAGGCACAUUGGAUUUAAGUAAAAUAAAAAUAAAAAAACAUCGGAGCUUUUAAAUAAUACACGUGUUUUUUUAUUUCUGUUGAGAUGGAGUACUCAAUAGGAAACUCCGGGUAGGAAUUGAAGUCUCGUUUUGGUGCGCAAUUUUUGCGGCUGAAGAACUUGAAAUCUCUACCAAUAUUUUUUCCUUAUUACCUUCAAAUCUUGUUUUUUCCCUAAUGGAGUAGGCUGACCCUGAAGUGCGGACUUUAAUAUCAGUCUAAAAUAAAAAGUGGGUUUAUUCUCUGACACCGGGAAAGAAACCAGGCGGAUCUGAUGCGCAUCUUCUCCGUGGGAUGGUAAAUGACCGAUGGGGAAACAUGAACAGCUCUUCUGAACUCGAAGAUGGAACUCGGCAUAAAAACCAGACGUUCUGUGAAUGUGUGCCGAGCUCCUCCCAACUCAAACAUCGCUGGUCAGACUCAGAAACUGCCAGGGAGACUCCGGCCAAGAGGAUGAGCUGCAGCUACCUGCUCUGCACUAUCCUGCUCUUUGUGGCGGUUUUGCUUGCCGUCACCGUAACUGGCACCAUCCUUUUCAUGAACCACUACCAGGCUCCACCUUUGUCUGAUGGCCUACCCCACAUUUCCACCAAUCAGGAUGAAGCAAAUGCCCUGGUUACUGUGGAGAGGGGAGACGGCUCUCGUAUCAACAUCUUCAUUGACCCCAACUGUCCUGACUAUAACAGUAACUUCAUGCGGCUCGAGGGUGUGCAGACCUCACUGCUUCACUCACUCACCGACCACGACACUGACCUGAAGUCGGUCAAAGGCCAGGAUCGCGCCCUGCUUGUCAGCUUGGCUGAAGAGGUGUCCAAGCUCUCUGCCCAUGCAGGACAGCUGAAGAUGGACUACGAAUCCUUGCGCAGGGGUCAGAGCAGCCUUGGUCAGGACUUGAAUACUCUACAGACGGAACAAGGACGUCUCAUACAGCUGCUGUCAGACAGCCAGAUCAACAUGGUGAAGGUGGUGAACUCCGUCAGCGAUGCUCUUAAUGCCAUGCAAAAGGAAAAUGUGGGUCUAAAGGCUCGGGUCAAGGCAGAUCUACAGAGGGCGCCAGUCCGAGGGGCGCGGCUCAAGGGCUGCUCUAAUGGCUCUCGCCCCCGCGACUGUGGUGACCUGUACGCCAGUGGUCAGAGAGAGGACGGCAUCUACUCUGUGUUUCCCGUUCACCACCCUACAGGCUUCCAGGUCUACUGCGACAUGACCACGGACGGAGGAGGCUGGACGGUGAUUCAGCGAAGGGAGGAUGGCUCGGUCAACUUCUUCAGGGGAUGGGAGUCAUACCGUGAAGGAUUUGGCAAAAUCACAGGAGAACACUGGCUAGGCCUGAAGCAGAUCCAUGCCCUGUCCAUCCAGGGGAACUAUGAGCUGCGUAUCGACUUGGAGGACUUUGAAAAUAGCACAGCGUAUGCCCAUUACGGUACCUUCGGUGUGGGUCUGUUCUCUGUGGACCCUGAUGAGGAUGGAUACCCUUUGACAGUUGGAGAUUAUUCUGGCAAUGCAG